AAUCCGGGCACAGUGGCCGGAUGUGACGCACACUCAUUUCCGCUUUCAGAACAAGCGUUUACCUCAGAGUGGUGGACCGCCUCCCUGUCGGGCAAAAGAACGCCCAGGCUGUUAGCAGUUAAGGUGAGACGCUGAGCGGAGGACUGAGGAAACCCCCACCCCACAUGGAGGGCCCCAGAGAAUCCGGGUCUGGCCCAGCUGUCCUCGCUGAAACACCCCGGACCCACUUCUCCCUUGGUGUCCCCGCCCCCUGUCGCAUCCGGGACUCUGGGAGUCAGAGCCUCGGCCGGGCACGGUAGACUGAGGUCGGCAGAGUCAAUCCCUGCCUGAUUCCGAGGCCUGAGGGUUCCCGGUCACCAGCUACUGGCUACCCUCCUGCCAGCUGUCCCGUGGAAAGUCAUGAUGCCUCACGGUCAGGAGAGCCAGCGCUGCAAAAGUGAGGGAGGCCUUCAGGCUCCAGGAGAAGCUGCUUGGUUGUCCAAGGUUGGGGAAGAGGAGGCCACUGCUGCUGGCUCCUGCCCCUCCUCUGAUCUGAUACCAGGUACCCCCCAGGGGGAGCCUGGGGCUGCGGUCCCGCGUCCUCCCAAGAGUCCUCAGCCAGCCUCCUCAACCACCAGCAGUUCAUCUUCGGGAUGCAGCCAAUCCGAUGACAGCCCCAGCAGCCAGGAGGAAGAGGGCCCAGCCCCCUGGCAGUGCCUGGAAGAUGCAGAGUUCUUGCUCCAAGAUGCGCUGGAUGAGAAGAUGGCCAAGUUGGUGAAGCUCCUGCUUCUCAAGUAUCUCAGGAAAGAGCUGAUCUCCGUGGAGGAAAUGCUGAGUUGUGUCACCAUAUAUUACGAAGACUACUUCCCUGGGAUCUUCUGCAAAGCCUUUGAGUGCAUCCAUCUGAUCUUUGGCAUUGAGAUGAAGCAAGCAGACCUCACUGGCCAUUUGUAUGGGCUCGUCCCUGCACUAGGCCUCACCUGCCAUGAUGUGCUGGGGGGCGACCAGACCAUGCCCAAGACUGGGCUCUUGAUAUCCAUCCUGGGCUUGGUGUUCAUCGGGGGCAGGUGUGUCCCCGAGCUACAGAUAUGGGAAGCUCUGAGUGUGAUGGGGCUGUAUGCUGGGAGUGAGCACUGCAUCUUUGGGGAGCCCAGGAAGCUCAUCACCGAAGAAUGGGUGCAGGCAGGGUACCUGGAGUACCGGCAGGUGCCCCAGAGCGAUCCCGCUCGCUUCGAGUUUCUGUGGGGUCCAAGGGCCCACGCUGAAACCAGCGAGAUGAGAGUCCUGCAGUAUUUGGCCAGGUUCAAUAGGAAUGACCCCAGAUUCCACCCAUCCGUGAAUCAAGGGGCUGUGGGAGAUGAGAAAGAGAGUGUCCAGGCCGCAGAUGCAGGCGGGGCCGUAGAGAGUGAGAGUCGCAGGGUAGAGCCAGAGCCAGGGCCAGGGCCAGGGCCAGUGUCUCGCGCUGCCCCCUGUGAAAGUGGGCCUGUUCGUUACUCUCACUGCGAAGACAGCAAUGAGAGUUCUGACUAGCAGAAUGCCAGAGUGCCCUUUUCAAGCAUGGGCUAUCAUGGCUUUGUCCUACUUCUGUGCGGGUUACUUGGAAAGUACUCUCACCCCCACCCCCCCCACCGUUUCAUAUAUCAAGAUGUUAUUUCUAGAGGCCGACGCUGUGGCGUAGCGGGUAAAGCUGCCACCUGCAGUGUCGGCAUCCCAUAUGGGUGCCGGUUUGAGUCCCAGCUGCUCUACUUGCAACCCCAGUCUCUGCUAUGGCCUGGGAAAGCAGUAGAAGAUGGCCCGAGUCCUUGGGCCUUUGCACCCACCUGGGAGACCUAGAAGAAUCUCCAGGCUCCUGGCUUCGGAUCUGCCCAACUCCAGCUGUUGCAGCCAUUUGGAGAGUGAACCUGUGUAUGGAAGUUUCUCUCUCUCUCUCCUCUCUCUCUCUCUCUCUCUUCCUACCUCCUUCCCUCCCUCUCAACUCUCU